AUGUCUUUCAAAAUAUCUCAUGGGAUUUUCAAAAACUACACUGGCUCAAGCACUAUCUUCUCUAGCUCGGAACUUGUCACAACCACAAUUUCUGGACCCUCUGACAAUCUUAAAAGGGAUGAUUGCUAUGAUUCACUCACUAUUGAAACAAAAGUACGUCUUUUUCCACAGUGUAGACCCUUUGAUAGUAUGGCAGUUGGGAUAGUUAAUAAAAUUCUUGAUACAUUUGUGUUGAAAGAGGUGGAAAAGUUCAGAUCUAUUAGUAUAUCAGUCUACACCAACACACGUAACCUUUCAAUGAUAUGCAAUUCGGUUUUAAUUGCUUGCCUUGAUGGUGGAAUUCCCCUAAAAUCCAUGUUUUACAGUGUUGGUUCUAGUGAUUUGUUCGUUUUUAGUUCUGGAAAAAUUGUAUUAUAUCACUGUUUUGGAUAUAUUGAUGAUGAAAUGUCCAACAAACGACAAAAAGAGCUUGCUCAUAUCAAAGAGUGCAUUGAUUUUGCGAUGGCUGAUGUUUUUACUAUUGCAUAG